CUGUUUCUCAGCGGAGUGGUGAGUGGGACAGAAAGUGAGCGCUUAGGUUGCACAAAUUCGUCGCGGAAUAAGGAGAGCAAGCAGAAAAAAACGCGCACCCAUCUUGUUGGAAUAUUGUCGCCAUUGUGUAUACACAACACUAUUGUUUCCCGUGGUACGUGGUAGGCAAAGGAACAAUAGACGCCUUUCGAACCCUCGCAGUUCCCCCGAUCGUAUUCACAGCGUUUUGUUUUUUGUGAAACCGAGAGAAAGGAGAUUUUUUCUUCCCGUUCCAGUAUGGGUGUGUGCGUGAUAACGAGGUGAACUGUCAAAGCGAAGAAUAGAAAAUAUGGGAAGUGUGCGCCGCGUAGAGUGUGUAAAUUGAGUGCCAGAAGAAACGAGAGCGACGUGCAAAAGAAAGGUUGCUAUCGCGAGGAAACGAGGAAAAACUACUGUGUGUGUCCAGUGUUUUGUGUGAUUGUGUGUCGUUUUACUAUCGGUGGACAUAAAGCGCAAUUUUUGGCUCGAGCGGAACAGACAGCAGGGAAUUUCAUUGGUCUGGUGGCGUCGGGACGCAAAUAAUCCUCCCAAUCACUUUUUCUCGGAAGCAGGAGAACUCCCAGCGAAAAGGUGCGGAACUAUUGCGUGUGAGCUGGUCGGCAAAUUAACGAGAAUACAAGAAAACAACUCCCCCAACUAAUGCCACUUGCAGCAAAGACAAAACGAUUGCAAUAAUCGAUACCAAGAAAGCAUUUAAGUGACCUGAUAGGAUUGCCGCCAGCGCUUAUUCCAAUUCCCACGACCCAACAAUUGACGACAGCCUCUAAUAACUACAGACAUAAGCACUAGACCUAAAGCAUCAUGAAAUUCCCCGGUGGAAAACCUUUGCUGUUCUGCGAGCAGGUAGGCACAGUGACGUCCCUCUUCGAGCAGUGGAAUGACUGCGAGCGGACGGUGGUGCUAUACGCACUUCUGAAGCGCGUCCCAUUUGCCAACUUGAAGUUUCUGCAGCUAUCGAUCGAUUAUAAUCUCGCUCAAAACUACAGCUCACAAAGCAAACUGCAGCUGCUGGAAACGCACGCCAACAGUGCCAAUUUCCUGAACAAACUUGUCCAGCAAUAUCAGACCACGGCGUGCUGCGGAAGUGGCGUCGGCGACAACACUUCCCACACCUCAACAUCUAUCCUAAGCAACAAUGACAAAAGCUGUAGCAUUUCCAACAGCAGCAACAUAUUGACCAUUUCCGAUUCGGGCUACGAAUCGGAAAAGAAAAAUUCCACCUUCGAUCUGUCCUCGAAUAGUUCUUCGUCGUGUUCGUCCACGUCCGGGAUUUCCUGUGGUUCGAUCUCGUCCCAUACCACGUCAAUGUCCUCUUCGUUGUCUUCGUCUGCGCUCAAAAUGGACAUGGCCAAAACUGGCCAACAAAAACAGCAGGGCAGCAGCAAAAGUGGUAGCGCUAGCAAACUGACCGAAUCGAAGAAGGACAUUCUGAACGACAUGCUAACGUACCUGCCACUGUUGAAGCCGGGUAACGACGACGUGAAGAGCGUUUACAUGUCGCUGAUACCGGCCGCGGUCGAGGAUGCUUGUCAGCAGACGGUACCCACGGAGCUGGUGCAGCAUAUACUGUCCUACCUGCUGAUCCAUCCGGCCGUUAACAAUGACGAUAGAAGAUCGCUGAGCUACUGGCUUCGUCACCUGGAGGAACACAUUGCUUCCUCGUAUGCACCAACAACACACGUUUCAACAACGGUAGCGGCUACUACAAACAACAACAGCAACAACCAUAUUAACACUAACAAACACAUAAAUAACAAUACUAGCAGUAGUAAUAACAAUAAUAACAACAAUAGCAGUUAUUUCAUUCUAUCGCCUCCCACCACUGUUGCAUCCACAAUUAGUCAACCAUCGCAUGUUGUUGGUGGACCCAACAAGAAUCUGCCAGCCGGGAACAAAACUUCUAGCGGUAGUCAACAACAAUCGCUACAACACCUUGCCGCUAGUGGCUGGCAGUACAUUCAACAGCAGCAGCAGCAGCAGCAGCAGCAACAACAACAACAGCAACGUCCACAGCAUCAUCAUCCGAGCAGCAGUGUUAGUUGCAAUCAGCUAAGUCAGCCACCACCACCGCUACCCUCGUCGAUCAGCAUUUCCAAUUCGUCACUACGUUCCAAAUCACAGCAGAGUUUGAGCCAAUCGAGCAGCAGCUGUUCCAGUUCGAACUCCUGUCUCGAAAGUGCUUCCUCGCAAUUGCUACGAGCGAAAAAUAUGUUAUCCAAACUGGACUGGUCAAAGGAUGUACCUGGCAGCAAGGAACGUAGCGUUGGUGGCAGAGGUGGGGAAAGUACUGGCAGUACUGGCAUUAGGGAUACUGGAAGCAUGGAGAACGUAACAAAGGAGUUUGCUCCGGUGGCGUUCAGUUUCCCCAGUUCGUCCGGAGGCAAUCCACCAAUUGGCAGUAGUAACAACAGCGUCAACAGUGGCAGCACUAGUAGUAAUAAACACCACCAUCUAAUGAUGUCUUCUAGUCAAACCCAAGGUAUCUUGGGCAACAGUGCCAACAGUGGCACUUGCGGCAGCUUGGAUUUAAAUGGCGGCAGCAGCCUAGGCCAUCCGGUGGUUCUGACAGAUCUGGACUCAAGUGACGAUAACCACUUGAGUUUCAGCAAGAACGGCACGGAAAUCUUUGAUUACGAUUGUGAUUAUGAUAAUGAAGAGGAGUUCCACUAUUUGGCCCGCGCGGCAGCAGCGGCCGCAACCGGUACGCCCUCCAUUAGCAGUAAUUCCACUACCGGUGGUACCAAUGCGGCUGGUUCCGCGGGUACCUUAGGUACCAGUACAGUAAUUGGUUCGGUUAUAAGUUGCGGCACCACCAGCAGCGGUUCCGGCAAGAACCGUGUCUCAUUCGAUGCUAAUAUUGGUGAUUACUUGCGAGUUCCCCCGAUUGGGGUUGGCGAGUUCGAUUUGGAUGGAAAUGGUCUGUUGAAGACCAGACGAUCCAACAGUCUAACCACGACAGUGAGUAGCACGUGUGGAUUACCAGUCGCCGAAUUGCAUCAACAGAAGCAGAACAACGAAUGCCUGUCGGCAGAAAACUUGAGCAACCUAAAUAAUCUACAGCUUUUGCAGCUCAAACCGAGAAGUUUCUCGCUCACCAUGGAGACCCCCCGGUCGACGUUGACCUCCAGCGGAUCCGAAACCCGGUUGGAUGAUUUCAAACAAAAACAACUGGGCAAAAUGUACGGACAGUCGAAUAACGCCGGGAUGGCCAACAUUGCACUUUGGUUGAAAAGUCUGCGUUUGCACAAGUAUGUGUGGAUUUUCUCCAAUCUGACCUACGAUCAGAUGCUGGAUAUAUCGGAGGAUUAUCUGGAAAAUUUGGGCGUAACCAAAGGUGCCCGACACAAGUUGGUUAUUUGUAUACAGAAACUGCGAGAACGGUAUGCUGCUUUGGUGCAAUUGGAAAAUGAUGUUUCGAACUGCGCCAACAAUAGCAGUGGUCAACCAAAAAGCCAAAUUUGCACUGUGUUGGAUGAGAUGAACAAUAUAGUGCUGACGCCGAUGAAACCGCCAGGGCAAGACGCUGGUGAAGACAUUGCUGGGCAGUUCAUCAAAGUGUUAGAAAUGGUUGCUGCAAUGAUAUUGCCUAGAACAGGUUGUUUGUACCAAGAGGAUGAAUGUCUUGGUCUGUUUACUUGGCUAGUAGACCGGGCGCUGCAUAAUGAUGCAUUCCUGUCGAAUAGCAUGUUGCUCAAGGACUACAAGUACAAGACCAAUAGGAUCAAAACGCAAAUCGCACCAAAGAGUCAUUACGCAAAGAGUGCUCCCAUGAACGGAAGCAUCGCCAAACAGAGGUGGACAGUGACCAACAAGCACAAGCCCGGGGGUCCCGUUGAAAGUGGCCCGAAGAUAGCUCAUCGCAAGAGCUCUCUGCAGUAUUUCUCUUCUCCGUUGCAGCAAGCGCAAUCGUCCCAGCAACAACAGCAAACGAGCACAUCCUCCACCUCCAGCAGUCAUCUUCAAGCGAUUCCACACCAAUUCUUCAACCACACUCCGAAUUCUGGUAGCACUGCUUCUUACAAUAGCAACUAUAACAAAAGCUCAUCCUAUCCUAGCUUUGGUGCGAAUAUGCCCAGCGGUUCUGUGUCGAGCAGCAAGACUUCGACUGGCGCCAACAGUAUCAAGCACAACUCCCAGCUUCCUCAGCAAAGCCAGGUAUCGGGCCAAAAGCAACACCAACAACAACAGCAGCAGCAGCAGCAGCCAAAAAAACCAGCACAUCUCUCCCAGCAGUCUGCCCCUCCCCAAGGCAAUUUUAUGUUUCAUCGGCAUUCACUGAACAAUAUAUCAACCCAGCAGCAACAGCAGUUUAUCCAGCAACUGCAAGGCCAACAGCAGCUCGUUCCGUCGAUUUUCCUGACAACUAUGGGGAACGGUGCCGCUGCUUCCGGGAAUGGAAACAGCAGAAGUAGUGGUAACAACAGUGCAAAAACUUCAAAUCCACAGCUGCCAAGGGAGCAACAAGCCAACAGCCGCAAUGAACCGAACGAUCUGCUGGCCAGCAAAAGUCAGAAUAACAGCAUUGGAGACAUUAACAGCCGGUUGGAGUUCCUCUGUCUGCAAAUGACCGAGCAGGCAAUCAACUAGAGGAACCGGAAAAGAAAGAAAGUGAGGAGCAAUUAGGACUUCCUUCUCCUCUCAAUCCUGGCCGGAAAAAGAAAAUUAUUUAUUUGUGUUAAACUGUACAGGACAAUGUACACCCUGUUGAUAACGAAUUCACUCCAGGCGAGGGAUCAUAGUUAGCCACCGACAGUGACAAGGUUGGUGCUUUUGGGUGUACAAAUCAUCUACGAGUUACAAUUGUAUUUUUUUAUUAGAACUUUGACGCUCUUGAAAUUAUAGUAAGCUUUAAACGAGUAGAGAAACAAUAAUCAGAAACAGAAGUUAAAAUAUAUUUCUAUAAUCUAUAGCCCUACCCGAGGCCAGCAGAGCCCUAUUGUGAAGAAAGCACGAUUAUAUGUUGUCAUUCUGUUACGUAAUUCUGUGAGCUAAAUUUGCUUGUUUAGUUAUAUAUUUUUAACAAGAACGUAACUACGAAACGAGGACGCAGGAAAGAUCCUUCAGAAAAAGCGGGUAUUUGAAAGUGGUAGUAUUUUUGUUAUCAAUUUUUUUUUCUUUUUUUAAUUUGUCCGUUCCGCUAAAUUUCAAAAAAGAACUAUUUAUAACCACACACACACAAACACUAAGAUGUAAUGACAUCCCUUCUAUGAAAUGAAACAAAAACGCAGUACCGCUGGGUACGAACAGUUGAUAUAUAUUCUUUAGAACAAAAACAAGCCAAUUGUGUAGGUAGAAAAAAAACUGUAAGAUGCUUAAAAUCUUGGAACGAAAGGCAGGUGCAUGAACAAAGUCCUAAAAAGGAAUAUACUAAACGAAAACAUCAUUGUGAUUGUAAACUUUUUUUUCUGUUUUGGCGGUAUAGAGUACUAUUUUUCAUAUGUGUGGCAAAUUUUGUGCUAAAGUUCGAACCACAGAAAUGAAGCAAAACUAUUUAUUCGAUCGUGUAAGGGGAAAAAUAAAAAAAUAAAUAAAGUAAAAGUAAAAGCUGUUCGCGCACUAUUGUA